AUGGAAGUGAGAUGUCGUCCCGCGUUGAUGUGCUGUGUUGUUUCGCUCCUGUGCUCCGCGCUGCCCCGGUCGCUGGGCUCUCUCCUCACGGACAGACAGUACCUGAACGAGUGGGCAGUGGAGAUCCCGGGCGGAAUGUCUGCCGCCGAGGCCAUCGCCAGGGAGCUGGACUACAAGCUGGUCCGACAGAUUGGGGCCCUGAAGGACCAUUUCUUGUUCAAACAUCGCAAUCAUCCUAGCAGAAUGAAACGAAGCGCCAACCACAUCACCAGGCGGCUGUCGGAGGAUGAUCGGGUGCUGUGGGCAGAGCAGCAGUAUGAGAAAACUCGCAGCAAGCGAGCGUCCCUCGGGGGGUGCAGGGACUGCCCCGUGGAUAAGCUGUUUGAUGAUCCCAUGUGGAACCAGCAGUGGUACCUGCAAGACACACGGACGUCCUCCUCGCUGCCGAAGCUGGACCUGCACGUGAUCCCCGUGUGGCAGAAAGGCAUCACAGGGAAAGGAGUGGUCAUCACUGUUCUGGAUGACGGGCUGGAGUGGAACCACACAGACAUCUACUCCAACUACGACGCAGCAGCCAGCUACGACUUCAACGACAAUGACCCCGACCCUUUCCCCAGAUACGACUCCACCAAUGAAAACAAGCAUGGCACCAGGUGUGCUGGGGAAAUCGCUAUGCAGGCAGACAAUAAUAAAUGUGGAGUUGGAGUGGCCUAUAACUCAAAGGUUGGAGGGAUUCGUAUGCUGGAUGGGAUUGUGACCGAUGCCAUCGAGGCCAGCUCUAUUGGUUUCAACCCGGACCAUGUGGACAUCUACAGUGCCAGCUGGGGACCCAACGAUGAUGGCAAGACAGUGGAGGGGCCCGGCCGCCUCGCCCAGAAGGCUUUUGAGUACGGGAUCCAGAAGGGCCGUGGGGGGAAAGGCUCUAUCUUUGUUUGGGCGUCAGGGAAUGGCGGGCGUCAGGGCGAUAACUGUGACUGUGACGGCUACACGGACAGCCUCUACACCAUCUCGAUCAGCAGUGCCUCCCAGCAGGGCUUGUCCCCCUGGUACGCUGAGAAGUGCUCCUCCACUCUGGCCACAGCGUACAGCAGUGGAGACUACACCGACCAGAGGAUUACGAGUGCUGAUCUGCACAAUGAGUGCACUCAGACUCACACGGGAACGUCGGCCUCUGCCCCGCUGGCUGCUGGGAUAUUCGCCCUGGCACUGGAACAAAACCCGGAUCUAACCUGGAGAGACCUGCAGCACAUCGUAGUCUGGACCUCAGAGUUCGAUCCCCUGGCCAAUAAUCCCGGCUGGAAAAGGAACGGAGCAGGAUUGAUGGUGAACAGCCGCUUUGGAUUUGGCCUGCUAAACGCUAAAGCCCUCGUGGAUCUCGCUGACCCGGCCACAUGGAAGCACGUGCCCGAGAAGACACAGUGUAUCGUCAGGGAUGACUCUUUCCAGCCAAGGGAGCUGAAGGCAGCAGGGGAGAUCACCAUAGAGAUUCCAACCAAAGCCUGUGCAGGGCAGGAGAACGCAGUCCGCUCUUUGGAGCAUGUGCAGGUGGAGGCCAGCAUCGAGUACACCAGGAGAGGAGACCUGCACAUCACACUCACCUCCCCAUCCGGCACCAGUACAGUGCUGUUGGCUGAGCGAGAGAGGGACACGUCCUCUAACGGGUUCCGAAACUGGGACUUCAUGUCUGUCCACACGUGGGGAGAAGACCCUGCUGGGACAUGGACGCUAAAGAUCACAGACACCUCGGGCCGCAUGCAGAACCAGGGUCGGAUUUUGAAUUGGAAGUUGAUUCUUCAUGGAACGUCAGAAAAGCCGGAUCACAUGAAGAAAGCUCGAGUGUACGUUCCCUACAACGCCGUGCAGAAUGACCGACGGGGUGUGGAACAUAUGGAUGACAUGUUAGAGGAGCCCACACAGGCCAACCCACCUCCUAAGACUAAAGCUGCUCAAGCCGCUCCCUCUUCCAAGCCACAGAAGAUGCCCAAGAGGCCCUCAAACCCACCCUACUCCCCCUCUCAGGCCCUGCUGCGUCUCCUGCAGACUGCAUUCAACAGGCAGAGCCCGGUCCUGCAGCAGCCCCCGGCCACAUCCAGGGCCUCCAUCUGGCGGAAGCAGCAGCAGCAGCAGCAGCAGGACAGGAACCUCUCACCUCCAGCUACAAGACUCCCCCCUCAGAAGCUGUACCAGGCUCUGGACCUGAUCAACAAGUACAGCGGCCCCGAGGACAGCAUCUACAGCGACUACAGCGACGGCUUCUACAGCACCAAGCCGUACAGGCACAGAGACGACCGACUGCUGCAGGCCCUGUUCGACAUGAUCGACGACAACAGCAAGUGA